CCAUCCCUCCUCCUUCACCGCCCGCAGGUAAAACAAAAACCCUAAUGCAGAAGCAAUCAAGAAAGAAGAUCAAAUCACCGAAAAGAGAGAAUAAAUACUGCCGAGAAAGAAUAAAGAAGGCCUGAGGACGCGGCGCCGGGACACGAGGAGGCCGUUGGAGGUCGAGGGAGAGAGAGAGGGCGAAGAGAAGAGGAAGAGAGGGAGGAAAGAGGCUUUCGCACCGAUACAGUCACCCUCUCGUUCGUUUCCAUAGCAUCCUUUCCACUUCUGCCUUCGCCUUCUUCGCCGGACGGGGAGGGGGCGAAGCAGCCGCCCUCCUAGGCGGCCUCCCCACGCUCCUCUUCGCUGGGGUGCUCAGCUUCGCCGCCCGCUUCGACGUCGCAGCGCCGGAAGAGUGACGGGAAUAACAGUUUCUUCGAUCCCCAUGCCCUACAUUCUUCACCUGCUCGGUCCCCUUCCCAUCGUCAAAAGAGGAGGCGCUGCUCCUCCGCUUAUUCAGUAGCGCCCCGUGGGACGUCGGCGAGCUCCGUUUCAUCCGAUUCAUGAUCUCCCCUGCACCUUUUCUCUUCGACGCCGACACGGCUUCGCCAACUCCUGUUUCCAGCGUUCCCACCUUUUGUCGACUUGGGUAGUUUUUUCUCCGCCAUCGAUGUUGCUUAGGCAAUUGAGAGCCCAUCGUUCUUUAGGGAGACGCUUCAUCAGUAAUAGUAGUCAUGAUCUUGUAAUUUCCGAGCUUAAUAAGGUCUCACCCUCCUGCCACUGCCAAGGAACUUUUAUGCCUCAUUGAUUAUUAUUAAGGUCAUGAACAAUAAUUUGUUAAUCCUCCAUCUUCACUGUCAUGAACAAUGGCAGGAAAUGGAGUCAAUCUUUGGUGAACCUCCAGCUGGUUUCAGUUCAAGUACUUCUCAAGAGUCUCAUUUCAUUUCCACUGGAUCUGGUGAAAGCCAUCAAGGCCUCAGUCAUGUUGACAGCAGUGGGCAGGCCAGGAUGGUAGAUGUUUCCUCAAAAGAAGAUAGCAAAAGAGUUGCUGUGGCUUCUUGCAAAGUUCUUCUAGGCCAAAAGGCAUUUCAUUUGGUUGCUUCUAACCAGGUAGCAAAAGGAGAUGUCCUGAAUGUGGCUAAGAUUGCUGGGAUUAAUGGAGCAAAGCAUACAAGCAGCCUCAUCCCUUUGUGUCACAAUAUCAGUCUUACCCACAUUCGUGUCGAUCUAGCACUUAAUGAGAAAGACUUUAGUGUGGAGAUAGAAGGGGAAGCUGCAACAACAGGAAAGACGGGUGUGGAGAUGGAGGCAAUGACUGCAGUGGCUGUUGCUGGCCUCACAGUAUAUGACAUGUGCAAAGCUGCUUCGAAGGACAUUUCAAUCACUGAAAUCCAUCUUGAACAUAAGACUGGAGGAAAGAGUGGGGACUGGUCCAGAAAACAGUGAUUAUCUGCUUCUGUAUAAUUCAUACAUGAUCAAAUUGCUAUCUAAGGUAAUGACAAUUGAUUUAUGGAUUCUCGGUUGCUCAACAUUAGCCACUAGAGAGGACUGGACAUACAAAAUUGUGUUGUUCCUAAAAUAAGUAUAUUUGAGCCUUCAUCCAUCCUGACUUAUUUUUAUGAGCUUUUGUAUUUGAAUCUACGUGCCCCUGUAAAGGGAAUCU